CAUUGGCUUGUCACUGCGUCUUGCCGCAUAUAUUUCUUCUGGCGGUCUUCACGGAGAAAUUCGAUUCGAAAAAGUCACAGAAACAUCCGUAAGAAUUCGAUUUUCGCUUCAAACUACUCUUCAAUAUCCAGACCAACAAUGGCUUUGGUCAGUUACUCAGUUUCCUGUUGAUUACACACGUAUAAACGAUAGAUGCAGUAGACAACAUAUCGGAGAGAGGUGUUUUUCUUGUUUGGAAAAAUUUCUUUUCCAUAUAUCGCUGUCACACGUUUUAUUUAAAAAUCACUACUAUAAACAUGUAGCAUUAUCGACUUAACGGAACUCGUUGGACCGCUCGAUAUGCCUGGAAACGAAACAGGAUCAGUGGAAAUUCCGAACAUAAGUUUAACCGGAGAAAUGGGUUUAUGGGGCAAAGGUCUGAUAUUCCAAGACACAUAUUCAUCCAGAACCAUUUGCGCUUCGAUAACGGUACUAGAAAAGAAUGUAGAGAAAUUUGCGGAAGCACGUUUUCUCGAAACUAUAGCGGGAAGCGUAUGGUUUCGAUGGCUGGGUGGUCACGGUGGUGAUAAUGUUAGCGAUACCAUAAUUUACGUAAAUUUGUAUCAUGUUAAUAACAAAAAAUUGCAAGGUAUAAAAUACACAGAACAUUAUUGGAAAAUUUAUGUGACGGACAUUUUUGACAUUAGUAAAGACAAAUCAAGUUGCAACAUUUUACAAACUGUCUUUGAUCCUGAUAACGCGGGCAAUGGCAAGGCGAUUGGUGAUAUCGAUGCACGUUUAGGCAAGAUAAAAGUAGCUGUGGAUCAUCGUAACGAAUAUAAAACCGUAUACAAAGAUUCAAAGUUGUCUCUGCUACCUUCUACCGAUUUACUCGGACCACAUCGUCAAUUAUAUUUAGUCAUAUUUCAUCCGAAACACGAUGAUUCCAUUUUACAUUGCAGUAAGAUUAAUCAUAGGAAACCUGUCCUUGCCAAAACUUUAAUUAAUUCUCACGGUAUCAAAGGAGAUGUAUCCCUGUCUCAAGUGACUCCAUUCGAUCCAACAUGGGUUAACGUAUCAUUGACACCGAUCAAUGAUUUAGGAACGAGAUUACGCUAUGCUACUAAGAUAAAGUCAUAUAAUAUUCAUGAACUACCUCCAGAUCCAAUAAAAGCUUCGAAUAACUUUGCCAAAGUAUGCGAAACAACUAAGAAAAUGUAUAAUCCAAGUAAUAUCAAUAUAAUGGAUGUACCACCAGCAGGGCUUGGAACUCAAGAUCAAUAUGCUAUUGGUGAUCUUUCUGGGAAACUUCAAGGUCGUAAAGAAGGAUCCUAUCAUUAUGAUAUUUUACCAGGGAGUGCCAAACUUAAUGGAAUUUAUUGGGAUACGUACCUUCCACUCUCAGGGACACAUAGUGUGAUUCACAGAAGCCUUGUUCUUCACAAAUAUAAUGAAACUGAUAAUAAGAGCAUCGUACCAUGGAUCUGCGGUACCUUGAAUCUUUAUUUACCAGAUAAUAUUGGACAAAUACCAAUGGUAACUGCACAAGUAAUAUACAGAUAUCCUAUUGUUGGGAAAAUAAUUUUCCGUCAACCUAAAAAUGACCCUCAAAUGGAUACUACAAUUAUAAUUGAAAAUUUAGUUCAUGCGGAUGGUAACGCUUUAAAUAAUUCAGAAUUACACAGGUGGAUGGUUCAUGAUAAUCCACCAGGCAAAGAUUAUUAUAACUGGACAGGCAGAUGUUUAAGCGCUGGUGAACCUUAUAAUCCUUACAAGGUAGAAUGGAAUUCAAAUCCUAGUGAAUAUUGUUCAAUGUCAGAAGCAUCAUUAUGUCGUGUGGGUGACCUAACAAGACAUAGUACAAUCGACAUUGCUGGCAAAAAGCUUUAUGGGAGUCUAUUAACACGAAGACUCUUCACGGAUACGAUGUUACCUCUGUCAGGUCCCCAUAGUAUAUUAGGUAAAAGUUUAGUGAUAUAUGAUGACCAUGGACCUCGUGCAAGAGGAGAAAGACUAGCAUGUUCAAUAAUUAGUGAAACAUACCAUCGCAAAGCAGUAGCAAGAGACUGGUUUGGAAAUGGAGAAACAAUUUCGCUAAGAGGAAAAUUAGAAUUCUUACAACAAAAUGAAUAUGAUAUCACAAAUAUAGAACUAAAUCUUGAUGGUCUAGAUGGGAAAAUGAGUGGAUAUCACAUACAUAUGACUCCGAUUGAACAAGAUUUAGAAUUUCCAUGUGAAAGCACAUCCCUGUAUGGGCAUUGGAAUCCAUUUAGUAUCAAUGUAAGUAACACGCUAUCUGCAGGAGAAGGAACGACUGAUCAAUAUGAAAUGGGUGAUCUUAGUGGAAAGUUUGGCACUUUAGAAAAUAGAAAAAGAUAUAUGAAAACUUUCAAUGAUACGAUACUUCCUUUAUUUGGACUAAACAGUAUACUAGGUCGAAGUAUAGUGAUUCACAAAAAGCAAAAAAAUUUGAGAUGGGCUUGUUCAACUAUAGAAAGGGGAUAUUCGCCAUCUGAGGCUAUAGAAUUAAGAGCAAUUGCAUCUUUUCAUCAUCCACAAGGUUUUGCAUAUGGCUAUAUAAGAAUGACACAACUUAUUCACCAUGAUGGUAGUCAAAGUGAAACGGUAAUUGAAAUAAAAUUACGACAUCCUGGAAAACAUGAUCGUAAUAUUACAAGAAACCACAAUUGGGCGAUAUAUGUAAAUCCUGUUGGAGUAGAUGCAGCUGUUCAAGUAAAGGAUACUAGAUGUGUAGCUGGUGGAUAUAUAUGGAAUCCCUACUUUACACAGCUAGCAGAUCCUUUAAAUGAUGAUCUGUACAGACAAGAAUGUGGUCCUGAUUUGCCACUUAGAUGUUAUGUAGGAGAUAUAUCAGGUCGAUUGGGUCCUAUCGAUAUAGGACUUCAAAGACAAGUUUUUACAGACUCGAAUUUCCCAUUAGCAGGAACAGUAUCUGCAAUGGGAAGAUCUAUCGUUAUUUUUGACAAAAAUUUUGGCACUGACAGAUUUGCAUGUGCUAACAUUGAGCCUGAUAACGACAUUGUGAAGUAUACAAAUAUAAGAAAACCACCUCGCUUCGUAGUGGCACAAUUUCUAGAAGAUGUAAGAAAAAUUAUGGGUGUUCCAGAUUGGAUGUUAUCCAUAGAUACUAGAAAAACAAAGAUUUUACAUAGUGGAGCAUGCAUUCAGUUUUUAAUGCAUUUUAAGGGUCCAAUUGCUAGCACGUUAGAACAAGAUUUUAAUAAACUUAUAUCAACUGGACGAUUAGACACACCUAGUUUGUAUAUUCCAGGAUAUGUUCCAACAAAACGAAAAGCAACAUUAGGUUAUCGCCAAUGUGGAAAUCAAGAUCCAAAUGAUAAAAGAUCCAAAUUUUCCCUACCAAAUAUAUCUUCAUCACAGUGUUCAAAACUUACUUUAAUUGUUGCUACGUGUAUUAUUACUAAAUUAUUAUAA